AUGCUUCUCAUCGCCAAGGAUCUGUGGUAUAAAGCAUCAACAAUCCGUGAAGUAAAUGGACCCCAGACCAGCUCAAGGACUGACCAAUACACAGCCCAGCUCCAGAACAGGCCAUUACCCAGCCCAGCUCUGGAACAGGCUAUUACCCAGCCCAGCUCUGGAACAGGCUAUUACCCAGCCCAGCUCCAGAACAGGCCAUUACCCAGCCCAGCUCCAGAACAGGCCAUUACCCAGCCCAGCUCUGGAACAGGCCAUUACCUAGCACAGCUCUGGAACAGGCUAUUACCCAGCCCAGCUCCAGAACAGGCCAUUACCCAGCCCAGCUCUGGAACAGGCUAUUACCCAGCCCAGCUCCAGAACAGGCCAUUACCCAGCCCAGCUCCAGAACAGGCCAUUACCCAGCCCAGCUCCAGAACAGGCCAUUACCCAGCCCAGCUCUGGAACAGGCCAUUACCCAGCACAGCUCCAGAACAGUCUACUACCCAGCCCAGCUCUGGAACAGACCAAUAUCCAGCCCAGCUCCGGAACAGGCCCCUAACCAGCCCAGCUCCAGAACAGGCCAAUACACAGGCCAUCUCCAGAACAGGCCAUUACCCAGCCCAGCUCCAGAACAGGCCAUUACCCAGCCCAGCUCUGGAACAGACCAUUACCCAACCCAGCUCCAAAACAGGCCACUAUCCAGCCCAGCUCUGGAACAGGCCAUUACCCAGCCCAGCUCCAGAACAGGCCGCUAUCCAGCCCAGCUCCAGAACAGGCCACUAUCCAGCCCAGCUCUGGAACAGGCCAUUACCCAGCCCAGUUCCAGAACAGGCCAUUACCCAGCCCAGCUCCAGAACACACCACUAUCCAGCCCAGCUCCAGAACAGGCCAUUACCCAGCCCAGCUCCAGAAAAGGCCACUAUCCAGCCCAGCUCUGGAACAGGCCAUUACCCAGCCCAGCUCCAGAACAGGCCGCUAUCCAGCCCAGCUCCAGAACAGGCCACUAUCCAGCCCAGCUCUGGAACAGGCCAUUACCCAGCCCAGCUCCAGAACAGGCCGCUAUCCAGCCCAGCUCCAGAAGAGGCCACUAUCCAGCCCAGCUCUGGAACAUGCCACUACCCAGCCCAGUCCAGAACAGGCCAUUACCCAGCCCAGCUCCAGAACAGGCCAUUACCCAGCCCAGCUCCAGAAAAGGCCACUAUCCAGCCCAGCUCCAGAACGCACCACUAUCCAGCCCAGCUCCAGAACACACCACUAUCCAGCCCAGCUCCAGAACAGGCUAUUUCACAUCCCAGUUCCAAAACAGACCACUACCCAGAGCAGCUCCAUAAAAUUAAACCUCCAAAACAGGACAUUACCCAGCCCAGGUCCGGAACAGGCCAUUACCCAGCCCAGCUCCAGAACAGUCUACUACCCAGCCCAGCUCCAGAACAGGCCACUAUCCAGCCCAGCUCCGGAACAGGCCACUAUCCAGCCCAGCUCCGGAACAGGCCAUUACCCAGCCCAGCUCCAGAACAGUCUACUACCCAGCCCAGCUCCGGAACAGUCUACUACCCAGCCCAGCUCCGGAACAGGCCAUUACCCAGCCCAGCUCUGGAACAGGCCACUAUCCAGCCCAGCUCUGGAACAGGCCAUUACCCAGCCCAGCUCCAGAACAGGCCGCUAUCCAGCCCAGCUCCAGAACAGGCCGCUAUCCAGCCCAGCUCUGGAACAGACCACUAUCCAGCCCAGCUCCAGAACAGUCUACUACCCAGCCCAGCUCCAGAACAGUCUACUACCCAGCCCAGUUCCAGAACAGGCCAUUACCCAGCCCAGCUCCAGAACACACCACUAUCCAGCCCAGCUCCAGAACAGGCUAUUUCACAUCCCAGUUCCAAAACAGACCACUACCCAGAGCAGCUACAUAAAAUUAAACCUCCAAAAUAG